AAGAAAAAAAAAUUACCUUGAAAUUGCAGGUAGAGCCUAAACAAUUAACAAAGCCACCCUCUCUUUCUCAGUUUCUGAGACUGUCCCGUCCCGUUAACACUGGCUGGCUCUUUCUUUUUCCAGUUUUCGCCAUGUAAAAUUGUAAAGCCAAGCACUCCCCCUUUCACUUUUUUUUCAACUAUAUGCAGAGAGAGUUUUGGUUGGCACAUUUGCACUUCAUCCAAAAAGCAUAAAUAAAUAAAUAAAAUGGAGGAAGAAUUGCUGAAACGUAACACCGAUUGCGUUUAUUUCUUAGCCUCUCCUCUCACUUGCAAGAAGGGUAUCGAUUGCGAGUAUCGACAUAGUGAGAUUGCUAGGCUCAACCCGAGGGACUGCUGGUACUGGUUGGCUGGGAACUGUCUUAAUCCAACCUGUGGUUUUCGGCAUCCUCCAUUGGAUGGGCAUGCUCAUGUGUCAUCUGAAUCUGCUGCAUUGUCAUACCAAUGUUCUGCACCAGUGAACAAGACCAAUUUGCCUUGUUACUUUUACUUCAAUGGUUUCUGCAAUAAAGGUGGCAGAUGCUCUUUUCUGCAUGGUCUUGAUGACAGUGCCAUUACUGGAAAAUCUUUGCAGACUGAUGUUCUUCCCUUGAACCAUAAGAAAUCCAUAGAAAAUGAUGCUGUAGCAGCUGCAACAGAAACAAAUCCCAAUCCAUCUAAAUCUGUCCCAAAUUCUAGCAAGGACAUCGGUGCGCAGCUUAAAGAGGAUCUCCAACAAUCAGCCCCCAAAACUAUGAUUCAGAUGAGUGUCUCUCCAAAAACGUCUGUUUAUGAAUUUGGAGAAGCAGCUUUUGUCAAGUCACAUUCCCUGCUUCUAAAAGAAGGCAUUACUCAAAGCAGAUCCCCAUUGUGUGCAGAUGAAAGUUCAGAGGAGCAAAUGGAUGACCAUGUUGAGCCGGAGGAUAGGUGGGAGUCCUCCCCAGGUUUUGAUGUUCUUGUGGAUAACAAAUCUAAGGAUUUGGAUUAUGAGAAUGAUUCAGAAUAUCUACUGGCCCCUGAUGUGGAGCAGAGAGAGAACUUCUUGAGUUAUGAUUAUGAAGAUUCAGUUCAGCAUGAGACUGGGUACCCCAAUGUGGAAUUCCCAAAUUAUCGAGAUGUCUAUAAUGCUUAUGAGGAUUCAGACAAUGAGGAUAUUUUUGAUAAUGUGAGGAAUCCUCCUGCCCACCGCAGAGAUAGAAGGUUGGGUUCCAUAUUUUUCCAGAAGAGAAGAAGACUCUUGCCUGUUGAACUGUCGACUGAUGAACAGAUUGGUGUGGAUCUUAGAGACUAUUUGAGGAAGCGCAGGGUAAUUGAGAGCAAUCCCCUAAAUUGUUUGUCAAGAAGGUCUGAAUAUUCUCAUCUGAUAGGUCGAAGUUUGGAAAGGCCUCAAAGGUGUAGUAUGGGUCGGAAAUUAAGGGGAAGAUUGGCAUCAAAAGUGGGGAAGCACUCUAUUGAAUCAAUGGGAGACCAAGGUUGUUUUCAUACUGGUACCAACCGGCAUGGCUGGCUCAAGCACUUGGGGCCUAAUCGCUCCAACAGGAGGCUUUAUAGGGAAAAAAGGCUGCCUAGACGGAAGUCUGUGUCAUCUGAAGUUUCUAGAAACCUGAUUUCUAGGGAGAGGAAAUCCACAGAUGCAUCUACUGCUUUUACAGGCCCCAAGACCCUUGCCCAGAUUAAAGAAGAGAAGAGGAGAACUGAAGAAAACGGUGGGAAAAUGAGGCAUUCAAUCAGAACUACUUCAGCAGACUUCCAGAGCCCAAAACCAUUGAGUGAAAUCCUCAAGGACAAAGGGAGGCUAGAUAUUGUAAAGGAUGGGCAUACUAGUAGCUAACGGAAAAGGGGAGAAACUUUUGAAGUUGAUAGGAAUUAUGGUCUUUAGCUUCUUUACAAAAAAAAAAAAUUCUUUGCGGAAGACAGGUGAUAACAAAAUGAAACCUCAUGGCAUAUUCUCUGAAGUCUUGAAUAUGGUGCUCCAAGUUUUUUAUUCUUAUUACUGGCUAAGAUGAUGAGUGCUCUAAGGAAUCAAUCUACAAGAUUAGUUUUGAGUAUUUUCAUUCUCUUCUAUAGCCACCUGGGUAAUAUCCCAAUUCCCAAUUACAGAGAAAGGAGCUCAACCUGGAAACAGGCUUUUCACAGGCAUAUCCUUGUAGACUUUCAGAAACUUUGCUAGCCUCGUUAGUUCACUACCAUCGAGCUCGCUCUGGUUUCUUGUACAGAGUUCUUCAUGUUUUUCAUGAAUACUGAAAUUCUAAUUCCAUGCAUUUCUUUCGAGAACUGAGAAGUACAUUGAAAAUCCCCUUUUCUGCAUAUAACAACAAUGAUUCACUAGUUCAAAUAGUUAGAAUUUUGUCGACGUCUCUAUUUGUUUUAUCUUUUACUGUAAAUGAGUUUUGCUAAAAAUAUGGCCACCAUGUUGGGGGUACAUUUUGACAUACUUGUUGAAGGCUCCUAAGCAUAU